ACGAAAGAAAUAUCCAAAAUUCAGGCAUGCAUCCCAGCUCGUUGCUACUCCUAACAAUCUUACCAAUCUUGUCCACCUUGCAUCCGCCGGCAGCCGCCGCCAAUGGCACCGCCCAAGACGCAGGCUGCCCGCCGGUGACAUGCGGGAACCUCACCUUGGCGUACCCGUUCUGGCUGGCCGGCCAAGACAGGUUCUCCUGCGGCCCACCGGCGUUCCAGCUCACCUGCAACGACUCCACGGCCGGCGCUUUCGUGGGCACCUCCUACAUGAAUGUCCUUGACAUCGACUACGGCAACCGCUCCCUCGUCGUCGUCCACGUCCUCGUGGCCGCCGAUGUCGCGUGCAACAUCUUGUUCAACGUGUCCUCGGCCUUCGCCAUCACCGACAGGUUCAGCAUCAGCCGCAGGAACAGGGAGCUCUACGUGCUGUACAGCUGCAAGGAGAGGCGUCCGCCGCCUGGUGCUGCCCCGGUGACCAACUGCAGUCCCAACACCAGAGGCAUGUACGUGUACCUCGGGGGAAACUACGGCAUGGGCCAGCCCCCGGCGAAUGAAGGGAGCAGCGAGACCGCCAUAUUUCCGGUGCUCGGGGCGGCGCCGGCAGGCAUGACGGCGGCCAAUUAUAGACAGCUCAUAAAGGGCGGGUUCUUGUUGGAGUGGGAGCCCGUCGGCGAUUGCAAUGCCUGCAAGGCGAGCGGUGGGCGGUGCCGCUAUGAUGCCAACACAUCAGCGUUCACGUGCCUUUGCUCAGACGUUAGCAUGCACCAGUCGACCUGUGGUAAGCUGUCUGCCAUGCGAUGCAUAUUUCCUCUUUUCGCCUGUCUUGCUUGUCUGAUGUACCGCCAGAAGAAAAAUAUCAGAUCAGCAAUCUUCAGAAUUUACUCUAGCAAUACAUCAAAUAUCGACGAAAUGCUAAGAAAAUGUGAAUCGCUUGCCCUGAAGAGGUACAAGUACUCACAGCUGAAGAAAAUAACAAGAUCAUUCAAGGAUGAGCUAGGAGAAGGUGGAUAUGGUGUGGUACACAAGGGAAGCCUGCAAGAUGGCAGAAUGGUUGCAGUGAAGCUACUGAAAGGAUCAAAAGGCAAUGGAGAAGAUUUUCUGAAUGAAGUUAUGAGCAUCGGCCGGACUUCUCAUGUUAACAUUGUCAGUCUGCUCGGUUUUUGUUUAGAUGGAUCUCACCGAGCACUUGUAUACGAGUACAUGUCCAAUGGUUCUUUGCAGAAGCACAUUUAUUCAGAGAGUUCCAAAGAAGCCAUCGGAUGGGGGAUUUUUCUAAGUUUUGCGAUCGGUAUCGCACAAGGGUUGGAGUAUCUACACCAGGGUUGCAACACCUGCAUCAUCCAUUUCGAUAUCAAGCCGAACAACAUCCUUCUAGAUGAUGAGUUAUGUCCCAAAAUUGCAGACUUUGGUAUGGCAAAGCUAUGCCACCUCAAGGAGAGCGUCCUUUCAAUGGCCGAAGCAAGAGGGACGGUUGGUUUCAUCACACCAGAAGUGUUCUCUAGAGGCUUUGGACUCGUCUCGACAAAGUCUGAUGUUUACAGCUACGGGAUGAUGCUCCUAGAAAUGGUCCAAGGGAACAAUGAUCAGAAAGGAAAGGCAGACAGCUCUAGUGAAACAUUUUUUCCACAUUGGGUUUGGGAUAAUUUGGCGAGGGAGUUGCAUGGAUCCGAAGCCAAAUAUGGAACUGAAGAAAUCGUAAGAAGGAUGACCUUGGUUGGAUUGUGGUGCAUACAGAUGAACCCUGAAAGCCGCCCAUCCAUGAGCAGGGUUAUAGAGAUGUUGGAGAGGAGCAUGGGUGAACUGGAGAUGCCGCCACGGCCGUUCCUCUUCUCUCCGGUGCACUCGACAACAGCUUCAUCCUAUGCAUCUGCCCAAGUUAUGAUGUCUUCACCAUGAUGUGCAUUAGGCUCUGGUGGACGCUGAAACAAUAUUUGUCAAAACCAUUAGCAGCAGUGUA